UACGAAUAUGGAGGAUCCAAAAAAACAACCACGUUCCUCAUCCGUUCUCUUCCCACCAUCCAUCCCACCACCCCCGUCGCAUGCCCCACCCCUCCCCCCAUACCCCAGAUCCUCUGCCAACAUCUCGAGCCCAGAAAUGCACAUUACACCCUCUCAGAAUGACGUCUCAGAAGGUCAAGACGCAUCUACCCCUUCUCCAAUUCAUCGUGCACUGUCUGUGACGUCCAAUGCGACUUUACGCCGUCUGGAUCCCGAUGACCCUAUUGUGGUUUUGAGGAAUAUACACAAGACGUACUUGUUGGGGUUGGAAGGAGUCGCAGCGUUAAGAGGUGUGUCAUUGAAAAUCCAACGAGGGGAAUGGGUGGCGGUCUAUGGCACAUCAGGGGGAGGCAAGACUUCCUUGUUGAAUAUUGUUGGGACGAUUGAUAAGCCGACAAAAGGGGAUUUGACUAUAUGUAAUACAGUUAUCACCCCAAAUACUAAAGAUGAGGUUUUGGCGGAACUCCGACUCAACAAGCUAGGCUUUGUCUUUCAAACCUUUAAUCUCAUCUCCUCUAUGACGGCUUUGGAAAAUGUGGAGUUGCCCAUGGUUCUCAAGGGCACUUUGACGGCUUCGGAGCGAAGGGCCAGAGCUGUGGCUAGUCUUGAAAAAGUUGGCCUUUCCCACCGACUCCACCACUUUCCGGCCAAACUUUCGGGGGGUGAACAACAGCGGGUUACCAUCGCCCGAGCAAUAGCCAAUCUCCCUGAAGUCCUCUUACUCGAUGAACCAACAGGCGACCUAGAUACAUCCAACACCCAUCGCAUUAUCGACCUCCUCCAUCGUCUGAACAGCGAAGAAGACGUGACACUCAUUAUGGUCACUCAUGAUGUAUACCUCAAGAACUUUGCGCAUAGAGUCAUUUAUAUGCGCGACGGAAAGAUUCAGCGCGUAGAAAUGGUUCGGACUGCCAGAAGGGCAGAGGCGUUGGACGAUUUGAGGCGUCGAAUGGAAGAGGAUAAACGACCUACGAUGUCGAGUGACCCAUCAAGCAGUCAUUCACCAACGGGGGGACACAUUGGUCAGUUACCUGGGGAAGCAGUACAUCGUCCAGGACGUUUUGUGUCUUGCGCAACCGAGAUUCGAGAACCGGGAGAUUAUGCCACGUACUCACCUGCAUGUGGUAUACCCUCUGUUGUCCCUGAUGCACAACACCCGCAACCCGCACAGCGGCCCUCAGAAAAGAAGCUGGAGCAACCGGCAGACAGAUUUGGUGGGAGGCAAGUGUUGAGGAGUGUAGAGGAUAUCGAUCAUAUUGUAUAGAAUGCAAGGUUUUUAUGCUUGUAAUUCGGUUUUUUGUACAGUUUUUUUGUGAAUGUUAUGCAUAUAAUGGC